AUGUCGGAACAGCCUCCAAAACGUGAGCGUGGAAGACGUGGUGGAGAUCCUUUUCGCAGAUCGCAGGUUGCUCGAAAAGCUGCUGGCUUGGUAAGCCACUUAGACUACUUCGACCCGGAGCAAUACGAAAUAGACAGGGAGGGUCAACGUAGGCGCGAAGAGCGCUCGAGGUCGGCUGCAGAAGCUGGCGCGGUAGCCAAGGAGGUUUCAGCUGCUGCUGUGCCUGUGCCUGUGCCGCCACCGCCGGCAAGGACAGUGCAUCACACAGAAUCGGUCAGAUCCUUGUCAUCUCGACGUGUGAUUACAUCGAGCUCUUCUGUAUCGGUGCCGGCACGACCCAUCGCUCCUCCACCUACGCCCACUGGGGGUGCCAGUGGUGAGUGGCAAUUGUCGUGGGUGUGGGUGGAACACACCGAGGCGGGUUCAAGGACCCCUGAGACACCGCCGAAGGCGGCACCGCCUGCAAAGAGGCGAUCUAGGUCUCCUUUGCCGCGGAGGUCCAAACCGUUUUCAGCUGCUGCUUCAAAGGUGCCUGCUCCUACAGUUGCUCCAGUGGAGGCAGAGCCCAAGGUGCCGAAGAAGCCGAGAUCUCCGAAGCAGAGAAAGGCUGAAACAAGGAAGGUGGCCUCGAGACCAUCUUCCGUUGACACGGCAAAGCCAUCGUCUUCGACAAAGCUUGUUGGGUCUGCACCAUCUACAGCGUCCUCAUCUGCUCCUUCAUCCUGUGCUACCACAACACCAGCUGCGCCAGAGCGCACUGUGAAGAUCACUCCUGUUCGCAAGGCCAAGGAGCUUGCAAAAGGGGCCGAGUCGGAGGUUGCAAAGCCCAAGUCUCUCCAGGAGAGGACUGUUCAGUUGAAGCCAGCCAAGGCUGCUGCAAGGUCCUCGGAGGUUGUUGCGGACAUUGCACCAUCUUCCACGGCGUCAGGGGCAAGAUCUACUGAGAGACCUUUGAUUGGAUUGGACUGGCAUAAGACUUUGAGCCACGAGCGUGAAACUGACGGUGGUGCUCUGGAGGGUUUUGUUCCGGCAUCCAGCAUUGCGAUCCUCAGGGACUUGUUGAACAAAGGCUGGGAUCUUUGCGUGGUGUCAUUCGGCAGUGCAUUGGCCACGCAAAACACCACGUUGACAGCAGCUCGAGCUUUGGAGCAAAGAUUGCAACGUCCGUUCAAGGACAUCUGCAUUGUGCCUCGCAAGCGCACCUCAGAUUGGACAAAGGGACCCAGUGUGACUGGGCAUACCCAGUCAAAGGCUGAACUGGUGGUUGCCAUCACAACUGACAGCAGAUCGCCAAGUGAUAGCCUUCGGCCUUUGGAGCGGUUGAUCCGAAGAACUGACAUUGAUUCGGUGCCAUUGCCGUCCUAUUUGAAGAAGUGCAAGUGUCUUCAGCUGCGCACACGAGGACUGGUGGGCGGUCAUCUGCGCAUACUGCUACUGGGAGAGAUGCAGCUGGAGCAUUUAGUUGAAUCCACGGUUCAGUAUCGGGUAGAAGCUACUGUUUCACAGAUGAGGGAGAAAAUGAACAUGCAUUUGGCGCGUAUAGAGUUGGAACACCAGGCUAGGUUGAAUCAAGCUGAGCAAGCGAGCCGGUUGGCGAUGCAGCGUAUACAUGCAGAAGGGUCUCAGCAGAUUUCACAGGUUCAGCAUGAAAGAGACCUAGCUGUUCAGCAAUUAAGUAAGGAUGCUCAUCAGUUGCAACAGGUCCAACAGGAAAAGGCCAUUCUGGCCAGACAAGCUGAAGGUGAGAUCAUGACCGCCACCCAGCGUGCUGAGGCGCAGAUCUCAAUUCUUGCAGCGGACAACCAGAAGCUGGUGGGAGAUCGACAGCAACUGCAUGACCAGAUGCAGAUGCUGAGACAGGAGCUGGCGGCCGCAAAGCAGCAGUUGAUGAACAAGGAUCUUCUCUCGUCUGCAUCAUCUGUUGUGGGUUUUCCACCAAUGAUGAACCCUUUUGAUAUUCCAGCAGUUCAGGGAUCUCCGGCUUCGGAACAUUUAUCUGGUCCACAGAUGGCACUGGGUCUCACCAAGGUGAUGUUGGAAAUGGCGGUAGAACAGAUGGUGGAGAUCCACCAUCAGGGGGGUGGUGUACCACAACAAGGUGCAACGUCGACAGCUGAGGCAGCACCAGCGGAGGCUGUUAAGCCCGUUGCUGAGGAGCAUGAUAAGCCCGAGUAUCAGGACCCGCCACAGGUGGAGCCUGUUCAGGAACACUCCAAGAAGGCCAAGCGGAAGGCACAAAGGAGGAGGAAGUGGGAGAGUGCCACAACCACCGGUCAGGGGGGUUCCAGUGAAAGGAAGAUCCAUGGAAUUUCCAUCAAUGAGAUGGUUCUGGACAUGAGUCAGUUCUAUGAACAAAUGGCUCAAACGAAGGAUGCAUCCGAAGCAGCGGUGUAUCGACAGAUUGCUAAGGACAUCAGCGAGGAGCAUGCCACUUUUGACAACUCAGAUCCUCCAGGAGAAGCAGAGUACAACAUCAUCAAAACCUCUCAAGCAGGGCUCAAGAUUAGUCAAGACAUGACUCUAGCACCACCUCAAACUGGCGCGGGACCUGCUGAGCAUAAGAUCGGCUACAAGAAGAAACAGCGGAGGAAGCCGUUACGGCAA